UUCAGUUCCGGCAUCACAGUAUCCAGUUGUCAUCCCAACAACGCAAUUGCAGCGUCGCCAUAAAGGAUUUACCACAUCAUCAACAAAGUAGCUCCUUCAGUACUUUAAAAAUAUUUUGAGACACCAACAUUAAGGCACAUGAAAUAAACAAUUGAUGACAUGAUGAGACACCAACAAAGACUGUAUCGCAUGAUGCUAACAUUGUGAUGGGACACACACAUUUUAGUAUAUAAUAAUGUGAUAAGGAACAUGUGGUAACAACAGUAUGUUGAAACAUUGCUGAGUAAAGCAUAACAAACUUAAAAGACAUAAACAUGGGUAAAUCAAAAAUAUCAGAACCCAAAAAUAUGGAUGCCACAACUGAAUCAAAGGAAGAGAGGUAUGAUGAAUCAAGUCACAUUCAUAUGAAAAAUGAACUAACAUCUGGUUCGCAUAAUGAUCAAUAUUGCACUCAGAAUGUUGAACUAAAUAGUGAGACCCAAAAGGAAUCAUAUUGCGACACACAGAAUGGACAAUGUCGUGUAAAAAGGAAACCAUAUUAUAACAUACAAAAUGAAUCAUAUCGUGACACUCAAAAUGAACCAUAUUGGGACACUCAAAAGGUAAAAAACAUAGACUCAAAAAAAGAACAAUGUUUUAAAUUAUAUUGUGCACCCCAUAAUGAAUCAUUAGUUCAUAAAUUUAAUUUUGACACCCAAAAAGAACAAAAAAGUUAUACACAGUGUAAGGUAAAUGAAGACAAUGUUGAAAUCAAAUCUCUUGAAGAUGAUGUGAAGCUACAUAACAGUAUUGAAAUUGAACAAGAUGUUGAUAUCAAGGAACCAAAGGAGUGUGUUGAUCAGAUUACUUAUGAUAUUACACAAAAUGAAAAUAUGAAAAGUGAACGCAAUGUUGAUAUAAACAAUGACCGAAUGAAUUAUAUUGAACCUACACCUGAUGAAGUAACACAAAUUAUGAAAAUCGAACACAAUGUUGAUGUCGAAAGUGAACCAGAAGAGUAUGUUGAAAAUGAACGAGACUAUGUUGUAAAUGAGCAAGACAAUUUUGAAAAUGAGCAAAAUGAUGUUGAAAAUGAGCUAGACUAUGUUGAAAAUGAACAAGACAGUUUUGAAAAUGAACAAGACAAUGUUGAAAAUGAACAAGACAGUGUUGAUAAUGAACAGGACUAUGUUGAAAAUGAACAAGACUAUGAAAUAGAUAAUGAAAGUGGAGCAUUUGAAUAUGAUAUUGAUAUCAAGACUGAACCAGAUGACCAUAAUGGAGCUGAGUUUUGUAACGAAGGCGAUGAUCCAAGUAUUGAUAAAGAACAUGAAUAUGAAAGGAAUAAUACAGAUAGUGGUGAAGACUUUACGAAUUCAAAUAUAAAAGAUGGGCGUGCAUCCUCAAAUUUGGGACAGGGAGAUUCCCCAACCUCAAAUUUUGUUGAAGAAGUAGCAGACGAGGAGAAUUCAGGUCUCUCAAACUCAAAUUUUUUAGAGAUUUCUUCGACUUCAAACUUAAACACAUCCAUGGAAAUUAAAAAGUUUAUUUGUCAGUAUUGCAAUAAAAGUUUUGACAAGUUAUCUGUUAUGAGGAUACAUGAAAGGACCCAUAUGGGUAUUAAACCUUAUCAGUGUUCUUACUGCUCUAAGACCUUCUCCCAAGCAGGGAAUUGCCGGGAACAUCAGAGGAUCCAUACUGGAGAGAAGCCUUACAAAUGUAUGUAUUGCGAUAAAAUGUUUGCCCAAUCAAGCUUACUAAAAAGACAUGAAAAUCAUCACAAAGGAGAACAGCCGUUCAAGUGUGCCAUAUGUGAUAAAGGCUUUUUCCAAAUGAGUAUCUUGAAAACACAUUACAGAACUCAUACUGGCGAGAAGCCAUUUAAGUGUGGACAAUGUGAUAGUUGCUUUUCACAAGCAAGUCAUUUGAAAUCACAUGAACGUAUCAUUCACGCUGGUGAAAAACCAUAUCAAUGUUCCAAAUGCCAAAAAUCUUUUUCACGCACUGGUGAUCUAAAAAGACAUGAACUAACACACUUGGAAGUAAAAUCACUAAAAUGUGAUCUGUGCGAUAAAUGCUUUGCCGAUCCAAGACAUUUGAAAAAUCAUAUUAAAAUACAUGAAGGUGUUUUUUAUGAAUGUUUACAAUGUAAAAAACACUUCACACAAGCUGGGACAUUGAAACGGCAUUUAAUGAUCCACACUGGAGAAAAAAACUUCAAAUGUGAUAUUUGUAAUAAAUCAUUCAUGCAAUCGAGUCAUUUGAAAGCACAUGUAAAAAUCCAUACUGGAGAUAAGCCAUUUCAAUGUCAAGAAUGCCACAGAACAUUUGCGCUUGAGGAUGAACUUAAAAAACACAAACCUGUCCAUACUGGCGAGAAGCCAUUUUUAUGUGAAAUAUGUAACAAGCAUUUUACAUUGCGGUCUAAUUUAAAAAAGCAUUUGAAGACGCAUAUUCGUAAAAAAGAACCUGCCCCUAUAAUUUGCUUAGUUAAAGAUUAAGUUUCAUAUAUGAAAAUCCUCUUUUACAUUUGAACAUAAUUCCUCCUAUUUUAGCAGUAGCUUUCAGCAUACAGGCGAGGGGAUAUCACUUCUCAAUAUUAACACUUGAAUUAUGUUUUGAAUAUUUUCAUCAUUGUAAUUUCUAAAUUUUAUUUCCAUAUUAUGAGAAUGUAACAAUUUUUGUAAUUUGAAAUGUGCAAGUGAAACACCUUUGGUAUCUUAGAACAGUCUUCUACAUGUACUUGUUUUUGGAAGUGAACAACUUACAGAGGUGUUCCACUCUUUGGGUUUUACUGUGUAUUGUUUUGAAUCAUUAUCUUUCUCUCCAAUUGAUAUACUAAUAAAGAUAUCAAUUCAUUGAAAAUAUUACUCAAAAUCAUAUGAUAUUAGAU